GGGGGACAGUAUGGCGGCGCCUUGGGACUACCACUAGUUUCUUUGGUGCCGCCAACAGCCUGCCCCUCGCCGCGAAGGACUGCGAAAGUGCUGUGAUGCCGCUUCUAUAGCCGAGCUCAAGAUGCAUUCCGUCCUUUGGCUCCACACUCGUGCAGAUCGGUGCGCGCCCUUGAGUGCAAUUCGCGGCUCACUCCCUGCAGCAGCGCACUGGUAUAGUCGCUGCGGUGUGCUCUAUGUGCACCGCUAUGCGUCUAUACGCGCUGCGGCAAGUGAAACUCGAUUCAGACUACUCUGGGUCUGCUGCCAAUUUUUCUAUACCCUCUCCGGCUUGCUGGAGUUCAGACACACGUCUUGCGGUAAUGUGUAUUGUACUAAUGUAAAUAGAUAGACAUGAACAUCGUCUUGGUUUCGCCAUUUUCGUGAU